GAACUAUGCAAGCGCUUGGUGUCGUCUUCCAUGUUGAGUUCUCAAAUGAAUAAGUCGCGACACAAGGUUCACCUCGCGUGUCGCGAUAGCUUUCCCACCCGAUCACCUCUGAGUAUGAGACAGUCGAUCUGCCUCAAGCGAAACUCUUUAAAUGAUAAAUCUGAACGAAUGCAAGUCAAUGUUUGGCUAAUGGAGUAUCGAGGUGAAUUGAGGGAAGGAGCAGACGUUGACAAUGCGCGACGAUGAGCUUGUGUGGAGAAGGCUCGGAGGUCAAGUGGCAGCUCCUGCGCUUCACCAUCAUUGUACAAUUUCUUGUGUAGAAAUAGCAGCAGCGAUCAGGCCGUUCAUGACCGUCUCUUCGCGAUUUUGAGCAAGCACUACUGUUGAGCUCUUUCCCUGUGUAAAUCGCGACUGCCGUCCAACGCACCACCAUAACCGCAAUCAUGGUGUCCUGGAGCACUAUCCAAUCGGCUCUUCUCUUCUUUGGGCCUAUGCUCCUUCCUCGAAUAAUCGCCUUCUACCGUAGCCUCCGCGCACCAACAAAUGCAACGCGAGUGCCCGUAUCGCCAGAGGCUGCGCGUGCGCUGAACCUCAUCUUCGCCAGCGCUGCCGUCUCGCUCAUCUUCACCCUCCCUUACUUCACGCCGAACAACAUCUUCAGCAAGACCGGUUCGCGACUUCAAACACCAACGCCAGUGCUCUUCAACAGGCUGCCCAGCAGCACUCCUCAAGAUGAGACGUUACGCCAUAUCUUUGCAACAGGAGGAUUAGAAGCAAGACUACAAUACCUACGUUUCGGUCCGGAUGUCUUAUGCAACUGUCCUUUGGUCACGGAUCCCAAAGCUCAGGACGUGGGCAUGAGCUACCUGAUCUGCGCAUUUCCCUCGCUCCUGAAGACACAUUUGAUGCACCUGCUCUUCCUUGGACUCGCGACAUCAACUCGUCUCGGUGGUACUUCAGCCGCCAGAUGGAGGACUGCUGCUGUUCUAUCGGGAAUUGCUGUCAUGAUUGCAGACGUCAUUUCAGUCGCAACUUACGAGCACCAGCGUAAUGCUCGCGCUGUCACCUACUCUGAUGUUGAAAACUUCUUCUGGACACGAUACUUGGUUUCGCACUUGGCUAUUUGCAUUACAGACGCUGUGAUCGGUCUAUUGAUCUGGGCUUCUGCAACCAACCGCGCCUUUGUCCUCCCUCCGACUCCUGCCCUGCAACUCGAAGCCUCGACCAAGUCACUCGAAACAUCUUUGGCAAAAUACAAAGCCCUCAGUGCCAUCAGAAAUGCUGUCAUGAGAGAAUCUGGAUUCAGGGGCAAACUGAACGAGUAUUGGCGGAAAGAAGGCGAAAUCAUGCAUGAAUUAUUCGAGGAGAGAGAGGUUCUGGAGGCUGUGAAUGCUACUUUGGGUAGGCUGGACGUGGACGUCUUGACAAGAGACGCGGGUGAGUAUGUUGAUCAGAUCUUCAGACAGCCUGAAAGCGCUGGUAUGUAGGUAAGAUAUCUAAUCUAUGUUUUU